AAUAAAAAAAAUCGUGUGUGUGACGGUGUGUGACUAAAAAUAAAACAACCGACUAAACAACAAACAAUUAGUUAGGUUUGGUACCAAUUUUUGAAUUUAUAAAAUGUUGCCGAUUUGACGAGUCCCCUUACGGACGGCCUUUUCAUCUUUUAACGAAUAAGGUGGGCAUCACGACCUCUUUGGCCUAUCCAGCAUUCUUCUCCAAUCGGACCUAAUCCGCGCCAACAUUCUCCGAUUGCCAUAUACAUAGUGCUUUCAGAUCCAGCUCAACGUCUCUCCGUCUUUGUUGACAAUAUUUGUUUUAUGUCAAAAGAUGAUUCGAUCGAGGAAUUGAUAGUUAGACCACUGCUUGCCGGCUGCGAAUGGUAUUGAUGAUAUUAUCCGCUUCAACGAUUUAUACACAAAAAAACAUACUAAAGAGAAAGAGGCAACCGUUUAUCCGCACUCUCAUCCAACAGUGGCAAUCAUGGAAGAAUCGAAUCUUCUGCGCGUCAACCUUGACUGUAAAAUGAAGAUCUUCGAAUAUCUGGGAUACCGAGAUCUCAUAAGCAUUGCUGAAACGUGCAAACAAUUGCAUGCAGUUGCUAGUGAUGUUUUUAAACGAAAAUUUGGCAAGGGAAAGCUAGCUCUUUGUCCGGAACAUUUGGAUGAGUCGUCACGUCCGUGGAUUAAAUCAUUUGAAGAUGAAGCGCCGAAUAUGCGUCCCGACACUCGUUUGGUGAUACUUAAACUGUUGCGGCAUUUUGGUCAUUUGGUGUCGCAUAUUUUUUUGAAUUACGAAAAACACAUUGCCAUCCUGCCCUAUUCCUUUCGACAUCACCUCGAAGAUUAUGUGGCCAAAUAUUGCUCAAAAACUCUCUCUAACUUAACACUGAUUGUGCGACCAAAAGUUUUAUUUGACGAUAACGCCGUUCCAUUCACCAAUGUGAAAAGUCUCGAAAUGUGUGAGUCUUCAUCACUGUCAAUAGCUAAAGUGCCAUUUACUGAAUGUUUCCCGAAUCUGCAUAGCCUAACAUGGAAUGCUGGUAGUUACAAUGGAUUAAAAGCGCGUAGUAUCAAAGUUGGUUUCCCAUCUGUAAAGCAUAUGAUCGUUUCUAAAGGACGUUGCAAUGAAGACUGCAACUCGUGUGCAUCAAUUAUUAAAUUAUGGGAAUUAAACCCUCAACUGAUUGAGUUGGAACUCCAUCAUGAUCCGGACAAAUGCCGCAUUAAAUUAUUCCCUUGUAUCCGUGAUUUUCUACCGAACCUUCAAAUCUUUAAAGUGGCUGUUUACGAAUGGCCGAUUUCUGGCGAAACAAUUCAUUUCGACAGUGUCGUCGAAUUCAAAUUGCAUUUAUUUCGGUAUUGCGUAAUCAUUCCGUUCACAUUUGCCCGAUUAAAAUCCUUUUGCGUUACUUACUACACCAAAGAAGCCCAAUCUAACGUUUCCGAUUUUAUAGCAAAAAAUGAACAUUUGAAGACACUGCAUGUGUAUUAUACUAAAGACUCUUCGCGAUUAACGGAAAUGGUGUCGGUUUUGUCGAUUCGGAUAGAGGAGCUGACGAUUACCGAUUAUGUCAUGCUUCGUUCGGAGGUCGUUCUACGACUUCUGACCGAAAUUCGAUCACUCAAAAAACUGGUAUUGGUCGCUCGUCGCUAUAAUCCUUCUUCCUUUAACAGCCAGGUGCGAGCAAAAAUUGUCAAUGAGGAAAAAUGCGGGGAAUUAUUUUACGUAACAUUACAUCCAUGGAACAGAUAAGCAGAACUUUUAUUUCACGAUCUAUUUUCACGAUACACAUUCAUACAUUCAAGUAUUCUAGGCUCUAAUAAAAUCUACAUUUGUACCUACUUAUUACAAGUAAGCGGCUCGCGUAGUUUUGUAUACACUUUUUAGACAAUUCGAACUUUUAUAUGUAAAUCAUGUUGUUAUAUUGUGAUACUGCAUAAUAAAGUCAGUGAUGAAGUACAAA